CGCCCAAGACUUCUCUCCUAAGCAUUAUUGUCUUUCCCACCUACCCACGUCUGCCUCCCCACCUUCCCUUUCUAUCUCUCUCUCCCUCUCCCUCUCUGUUCUUUAAUACAUCUCUCUCUGUUUGGGAUAAUCAUUGUUCAUUAUCCACAAGUUUUAUGUUUUGGAUUGAGGUUUCAAUGGCUGCUGAGGACUCAGAUUGCUUUACCCAAUUUGUUUCGAAAACACUAGAGACAGAUUCACUUGGGGGUGAAGCAAAAAGUGUCGAAAUUGGACUCAGACAGAGCGAAGCUGAACUGGGUUCGGGGAAGAAGAUGAAGAUGAGGGCUGAAAUCGACACGUCAGCGCCUUUCGAGUCUGUGAAGGAGGCAGCGAGUCGAUUCGGUGGAAUCGGUUUCUGGAAACCCAAUUCCCACAAGCCUUCUGGGUCUUCUGAGUGUGCUUGCCACCCCACAAGGGUUGAACCUGAUUCCUGUUUUGAUUUGCAGAUACAUACCAAGAUACACCUUUAGUUGGCUGGUCAAACCUAUGUCGUGGGUCAUAAAGUUUCUUCAUAGGGCAGCUGAUCUUACACUGGUUCCAUCAGCUGCCCUUGCAAAGGAGCUUGAAGCAGCUAGGGUAACAGCAGGUAACAAGAUUCGUCUCUGUAAUAAGGGUGUUGAUUCCGAAAGCUUCCAUCCCAAAUAUCGCUCUCAAGAAAUGCGAAUAAGACUAAGUUUUUAUUUUGUUCUUUUUUUAUUCAGCAAUGGGGAGCCCGAGAGACCAUUGAUAGUCCAUGUUGGACGACUAGGAGUUGAGAAGAGUUUGGAUUUACUCAAAAGGGAGGAUCUGGAAAAGCUGUUCUCCAGCAUGCUUGCCGUAUUUACAGGGAUGUUAGGAGGUGAAGAGCUCUCUCAAGCAUACGCCAGCGGAGAUGUUUUCGUCAUGCCUUUAGAAUCAGAGACGCUCGGAC